AAUAGAGGGGAAGAUGGUUAUGAGUCCCCUGUCGAGAUAGAGGACAGAUAUAGAGAGGGUGUGUGAGAGAGAAGGGGAAGCAAAACCUCUGCUCAGGGUGUUGCCUAGACCAUGCUGAAAAUAUGUCGGGUUCUGUGCAUCUUGCUUCCCCUGCAAUAAAUAAAUACGACCGUCCCUCCCUAGAUUUUGUUCCACCCCGUCUCAAGAUUCCUGCAGGAACCAUAGAAGAAUCAGUAAUAGGGGGAGGGACUAUCGAUCAUGUGACGAACAAGAAAGAUGUUGAGAGACAAACUACAAAACCAAUUGGUGUUAUGGCUCCGCAGGAUACAUGGUGUAGGAUGGAUCCCAAAUCCCUUCAACAGAGCGAAGUCGAUGGGCACGAAGGGUGCAGCCAAAAUAUGUUGGGUUAUCUGCAUCUUGCUUCCCCUGCAAUAAAUAAAUACGACAGUCGCUCCCUAGAUUUUGUUCCACCCCAUCUCAAGAUUCCUGCAGGACCCAUAGAAGAAUCAGUAAGAGGGAGAGGGACUAUCGAUCAUGUGACGAACAAGAAAGAUGUGGAGAGACAAACUACAAAACCAAUUGGUGUUAUGGCUCCGCAGGAUACAUGGUGUAGGGUGGAUCCCAAAUCCCUUCAACAGAGCGAAGUCGAUGGGCACGAAGGGCGCAGCCCUAAAGACUCAAUAUACACCAACUGCACUAUCCCCCAUCGAUACUCCCUACCUUCGAAGGAUGAUAAAGAUCAAUGUGAAUAUCCAUGGACCAAAUCCUCCAAUCAAUAUCCCCGAACUUCAAGGUACUAUCAUGGAUACUACCCGCCUUCAAGUUAUAAUGAAGGAGGUUUCACACCUUCGAUAUAUAUUGAAAGAGGCCCCUCACCUUGGAGACAUCAUAAAGGAGAUUCCUCAUCUUCAAGGUAUGAUGGAGAAGGUUCCUCACCUCCAAGUCACUAUGAAGAUAGCUACCGGCCUUCUAAUGUGUCAUGGAAUCGAGUGUUCUCCGCCUUAUGGAGAUGGUAAAUAGCACAAAGAUAUUAGAGCACUGAUGUACCACUCAAAAGCCAUCAAUUUUUAGAGGAGUCUAUGAAAGAAUCUCCAUGUCGAUAGUCUCCACCUUUAAGUAACAAUAAAGAUUACUAGUGCACGGAGACACGGAGCAAAGCAGUCUAUGCCACGGUUGGGUGCAAAUUAGUUGCAUGAUAAUAAAACGAGAUUAUAUCAUUAUACUACCACUUUACAUUCAUUGCAAACUACUCUUCCUAUUUUUUUUCACACAUGAUACUGUUAACUUUUAAAAAUUCAUUGGAUGAUUAAUUCAUCUUAUUAUUUAAAAAGUUA